AUGGCAAGCACAACAAACAGUUUACAAAUGGUAGCUGCAACAAUGGUCGUCCUGUUAUGCUAUGUAGCUCCAAUUGUCAGUGGUCAACAACCAGGCAAUUGUGCACAGCAAAGCAGCGGCAAUCUGGGUUGUUUCGAUAUUACUGCACAAUCCGUUUGUACAACAGUUACAAAUGAAGCACCGCUUGGUGAUCAACGUUGGUGGUUAGCUGGAUUAGAUUUGAAUAUUGAUUUUGUAAUUAAAUGUGGUGAAAUUGCUGCCUAUCAAGUUAAAUGGUCCACUGGCUGGGGUGAUUGGUAUGUUCCCAGUGUUAAUGAUAUGGAUCAAAAAGUCAAUACAAACAAUGGUUUAGGACGUAUGUGGUCUUAUUUUGAUGAUCAUUAUCACACAUACAUUAUUUGUAAAUCAAAUGCAUACAAAUCAAAGUGCUGUUAA